AUGAAGCUGGCUGGACUACACUUUGAAGGUAGGGCCAAUGUGUGGUUCCGUUUUUAUCAAGCCAGUAAGGGUCUUGUGGCUUGGAAACUUUUCACGGCUGAUGUCAUAGCCAAAUUUGAAAACCCUGAAGGAAAAGAUGUGCAAGAGCUGUUCAAUAAACUGAAACAAACAUCUUCCGUGGCUGAAUAUGAUGAUCGUUUUGAAGAGCUUAGGGCUAUGACUUUUAGUGACAUUGUAUUUCUAGCUAAACAAGAAGAGGCCAAGGGCUACAAGUCCCAAGUUCCAUAUAAACCCAGUGUUCCUACUACUACCAACAGUCCCCCACCUCUGUCCAAAUCAGAGUCAAAGCCUUAUUCUGCCACCACUAAAGUCACUGUUAUGGCCGAGGAUGAUAAUACCUGGUUGAAUCUUCCUAAGUAUUCCCGAGAAUAUACUGAAGGAGUCAAAUUAUUCAUGAAAAAUGCAAUGGCCAAAUUUUCCAACGGAAACGAAAUCAAGUGUCCUUGUCUCAAGUCAUCGAGAGACGAUAGCAAUGAGAUGGAUCCUGAAUUAGAUACUGGAUUCGACGACAAUCUUGAUGAGAUGUUAAAUGUUACGUAUGGAAACAUGGGACCAAAUGCGGAUGCAAGAAAAUUCUUCCGUCUUGUUGAAGAUGGAAAACAGCCCCUCUACCCGGGUUGUAAGAAAUUCUCUCGAUUGAGCUUUUUAGUUAAGCUUUAUCAUUGGAAGUGCGUUAAUGGUGUAACCGAGGCUGCGUUUGGAGAGAUAUUGGAAUUGAUAAAAGAGGCUGUUCUAGAUAUUAACGUGCCUCCCUCCUUCAAUUCUGCAAAAAAUAUCAUCAAGGAUUUGGGGCUCGAUUACAAGAAGAUACAUGCAUGUCCAAAUGACUGCAUGUUGUACUGGCGUGAGAAAAAAAAUGAAAAUUCUUGUAAAAAGUGUGGUGCUUCAAGGUGGAAAGGCGUAGCACAAGGCUUGAACAGUGGCAAUAGUAAAAUUCCGGCCAAAGUGAUGAGAUACUUUCCGCUCACACCAAGGCUUCAACGAAUGUUUAUGUGCAAAGACUUUGCCACACAAAUGGUGUGGCAUGCAGUGGAACGAAAGAAUGAUGGAAAGUUACAUCAUCCGGCUGAUGGUGAAGCUUGGAAGACGCUGGAUGCCGAAUAUCCGGACUUUUCAUCAGAUAAUAGAAAUGUGAGACUAGGUAUAGCUGCUGAUGGAUUUAAUCCAUUUCGCACGAUGAGUUCAACACACAGCACAUGGCCUAUUGUAGUUGUGAAUUACAACCUUCCUCCAUGGCUAAAUAUGAAACCGGAAAACUUAAUUCUCUCAACAUUGAUUCCGGAUCCAAAUGAUCCUGGAAACAAUAUUGAUGUCUACAUGCAGCCACUAGUAGAGGAGUUGAAAGAGCUAUGGAAUGCUGGUGUGAAAACCUAUGAUGCUCUGACAAAUCAAAACUUUAUGUUACGUGCAAGUGUCCUUUGGACCAUUAGUGACUUCCCUGGAUAUGCGAUGUUGUCAGGGUGGAGCACAAAAGGGAAGCUUGCGUGUCCAAUUUGUCAUUACGAGACAUCAUCAAUGUAUUUGAAGCACAGAAAGAAAAGAAAAGUUAGUUGUGAUGUCAACCCUUGGAACAAGAAGUCAAUACUCUUUGACUUGCCAUAUUGGAAAGACAACUUAACGCGACACAACCUAGAUGUUAUGCAUAUAGAAAAGAACAUCUGUGAUAGUAUUUUGGGUACUUUGUUGAAUAUUAGUGGUAAGACGAAAGACCAUCUCAAUGCACGACUAGAUUUACAAGAAUUGGGCAUUCGGAAGGCCCUUCAUCCUACCACCUCCAAUGAUGGAAAGCACCUUCAAAUUAGUGCGGCAAACUUUGACCUGACUAACAAAGAAAAGGAAAUAUUUUGUUCGGUCCUUCAAAAUGCAAAAUUCCCUUAUGGUUUUGCUUCCAAUAUCAGCAAAUGUGUGCAAGAUAGGAAAGUUAUGGGAUAUAAGAGUCAUGAUGCACAUGUAAUAAUGCAAUAUUUGUUACAAUUCGCUGUGAAAGGAACGUUGAAGCCCGAAGUUGCAGUACCUUUGAUCAGACUCGGUGAGUUUUUUAGAGGUAUAUGUGCUAGAGUUAUUGAGCCGGAUGAAAUUAAAAAGUUGCAGCAUGAGAUAAUCGAAAUACUCUGUCAGCUCGAGAACAUAUUUCCAAAUUCCUUUUUUGACAUAAUGGUUCACCUUCCUGUACAUUUGUGCAAAGAGAUUGAAUACGACGGACCUGUCCACCAGAGAUGGAUGUAUUCAAUUGAACGAUACCUGGCUGUGUUAAAGAAAUAUGUUCGCAAUAAAAGCAAGCCUGAAGGGUCCAUUGCAGAAGGGUACCUUGCUGAUGAAUGCUUGACAUUCUGCGCAAGGUUUCUAAAUGAUGGCGAAAAGGCAGUGAAUCUAGAUACACAUGACGGGUACUGUAUUGGUUCAGGGAGGAACAAGCAUGGAAUAAAUAUUCACUUGUUUGAUGAUACUUGGAUCGCAGCUCAUCGAUAUGUUUUGUUCAAUUAUAAUGACAAAGAAGUUGAAGAUCUCAUCGAGGCACAUCGUGCAUUAUUAGACAAUAAUGCAAAUGUCAAACGGUAUAAAAGGGAAAGAACACUUACCGAGGAAAUAUGUGAGUGGUUCAAGGCUGAAAUUUCAGGAAAAGCAGGUGUUUCCAAGGAAUUAGCUGCCCUAGCAAAAGGUCCAUUACGAACAGCUAAACGAUUGAGUGGGUAUGUGAUAAAUGGCUAUAGGUUUCAUACGAAACAAAGAGACCAUAAGUGUACCACACAAAACAGUGGCGUCUACUUGACAACCCUAACUACAAGUUUUGCAAGCUCAAAAGAAUGUAAUCCAUGUGUAUCUGAUGUUAUUUACUAUGGAUCAAUAGAAGAAAUAAUAGAAGUCGACUACUGGGGUGCUUUUAGUGUCGUAUUGUUUAGGUGUACUUGGUAUAAAGAUGAAAAGGAUUCUUUUGGUUUUACUCGGGUUAACUUUAACAGAACUGGUCAGAAAAAUGAUCCAUUUGUCAUGGCAACACAAGUCCAACAAGUGUUUUACAUUGAAGAUCCAGUUGAAAAAGGAUCUAAUUAUCCUGUUAAGAGGAUGUCAACAGAGUUUCAUGACAGGAAUGCAGAAGAAGAUGAAUUAAAAGCACAAUUUUCCAAUGACACGAUAUUACGUUCUGUAAUAGAGUCACAAGACCAUGAUGUUAGUUGUGUCAGAGAAGAUGUUCCUGCAAAACAAAUUCCCAUUCAGUCAUAUAAAGAUCCUGAAUUAGACUCGUUAAUCUGUUGUGUGCUACGUGUUAUUUUAAAACUUUUUGAUCUAGUGCUAGUUUAUGAAAUCAGUGCUCUUUUUAUGACUUAUACUUGUUUAACUGGUUUUUGUAUCUUAAGACUUGGUAUAUGCUCUGGUGCAUAA